GUGACCAUGAAGAUCCUCGCAGCCUCGGUCUCGAUCCUCCUCGUCCUGGCCGCCAGGACCCUGGGCUAUCCUCAGCAGGAGAGACUCAUGCCAGACGGAGCUCCAGUUCCUGAAGACGUCGCCGUCUACGGGGACUCCGUAGCCGCCGCCUCGGAGGUGGGUGGCGACCAGUACGAGGACGAAGGGGACGACUCGGACAUGUUCAUGGAACCGGACGGCUCGGAGACGGCGAUGGAAUCGCACCAAGCGGAGGCACCGUCUACGCAACCCCCCCGGGUGGAGGAGUCGGUGACGAAGGAAGAGCGCCAAGAGUCCGUCACCUCCAGCCAGAGGAAGGUGUCCGAAGGGGACCCGGGGAACGAGAGGAGCCUGCAAACCGACAGCCAGAACUUCUUCCCAUCCUUCGCGGAGCUGUUCUCCGACCACCGUCUAUCCUACGACGAGCAGCAGCAACAGCAACGCUACCGUCCCAACAGGUUCCUGGGCUUCUUCCAACGAGACCGCGGUGGGUACCAAGCGGCAGCCUCGACGACGACGACCGGGACCACCCACCCACUCCUGGGCUCCGGGAACUUCGGAGUCAUCCGAGGAGGCACCUACUACCCUGAGGACAAGGAGACCGACGAGUACUCCGUGGACGAGACCCUGUACAACCCGUACUACCACGGUGGUGGUCGCACCAGGCCACAGCCCUAUGUGAGGAACCCGAAACCCCAACCGGUCCGCGGUGGGGACUUCUUCGCGAACUUCAGGGACUUCGCCGACAUAACUGCACCCCCCAAGUCCAGCUUCUCCCACCUGUCGGUGGUGUACGCCAACAAGAACGGCACCGCCGGGAGGAUCGGCGAACCUAGGAACAUCAUCGAGACUCUGAGGAUGCUGGAGGAGGAGGAGGCGGAGACCACCGAGGUGGAGGCUCCUCGCAAGAAGCUCAGCAACGGCAAGCGGAAGCUGAUGAAGAUCAAGAAGUACCAGGAGGACAAGGCUAGGAAGGCUCGCGUUACGGUGGAACCUCUUCUGGCUCUCAGCUGA